GUUGUGAAUUACUUAUGCUUGACCUGGUAUUCUACUUUUCUUCUCCUCCAGUGUCGUUCACUCUACUCCUGUUUCUUUUCUGGCCUGUUGCGUAACUCUCGGUUAUUCUUCUGGCCUUUUAGAGCAACUAAACAAUCACAGCUGUCUGCUCAAUAUGUCGUCUGUUGUAAGUCGCCUCCUCUUUUCUGCGGCCAUCGCUCUGGUACUUUUGUCGAGCGUUGCGGUGGCGCUUUUUGUCGGAGAGCGAGUUCCCGACGGGAUUUACUGCGGGAACUACGGUAAUGGCCUCGUUGUUGGAAAUCUUACAAUGAAGUCGGGCAGCGAUAAGUUCGACAUGGUGAUGGUUGGACUUGGCUUAGAUCUUCAGUGCAAAAACGAGACUUUUAUUUACGACCCCAAGACGCAUCACGCCAAGGUUCCAGGUGCCACCGACCCCAAGGACUGCAUUGGUGCGGUCUUAACAGACAACGAUUUGACGCUGGACGUCGUCUAUAAACCCGACGUGGAUGAGAUCGUCCUUGACCUUGGAUUCACCAAAAUUGACUGCAAGAAAUGCUCUCCGAAGGACCUCGGUGCGCUUUUCUGCACUCCAUACUAA